AUGGAGGAUUUAGCAGGUCUAGUUGAGGCAACAGGAUCAAGAUUUACUUCAUUGGAGCUUAUUGGACAGGGAUCAUUUGGAGAUGUAUAUAAAGGGUUUGACAGGGAGCUCAACAAAGAAGUUGCCAUCAAAGUGAUUGAUUUGGAAGAAUCAGAGGAUGACAUUGACGAUAUUCAGAAGGAAGUUUCUGUUCUGUCACAAUGUCGAUGUCCAUAUAUUACAGAGUAUUAUGGUUCUUUUCUCAACCAAACUAAACUAUGGAUAAUAAUGGAGUAUAUGGCUGGCGGCUCUGUUGCUGAUCUACUCCAAUCAGGACCUCCCUUAGAUGAAAUGUCAAUUGCUUACAUUCUUCGUGACUUGUUGCAUGCUGUUGAUUACCUACAUAGUGAAGGAAAAAUCCAUAGAGACAUUAAAGCGGCAAACAUUUUAUUGUCUGAGAAUGGUGAUGUAAAGGUUGCAGAUUUUGGUGUUUCUGCACAGUUGACAAGGACUAUAUCAAGGAGAAAGACAUUUGUAGGAACACCAUUCUGGAUGGCGCCUGAGGUUAUUCAAAACACAGAUGGAUAUAAUGAGAAGGCAGAUAUCUGGUCUCUGGGGAUCACUGCAAUUGAGAUGGCAAAGGGGGAGCCUCCACUUGCUGAUCUUCAUCCCAUGAGGGUGCUUUUCAUCAUACCCCGAGAAAAUCCUCCGCAGCUAGAUGAGCAUUUUUCUCGCCCCAUGAAAGAAUUUGUUUCAUCAUGUUUGAAGAAGGUUCCGGCUGAGAGGCUAAGUGCUAAGGAACUUCUCAAAGACCGUUUUAUUCGGAAUGCUAGGAAGAGUACAAAGCUUUUGGAAAGAAUAAGUAGGGAUCGUCCAAAAUACCAACUUAAAGAAGACCUGGAGACAGCUAGAAAUGGCUCAAGAGGGGUUGGCGAGGCAUCAGAUACUAUGAAAGUGGCAAGAGAUUUUAGAGUUGAAGAAAAUAAUCGACCUAGCAGUCAGGGUAAAACCCAGAAAAGUUCUGAAUGGGACUUUAGCAUUGGUGAAUCAGAGGGUACUGGAACCUUUCGAAGUGUUUCACGGCCACCUCAGUCUAGAGAUAAGAAAACUGAAGUUUCAUAUAAUCAGGUUACCCAAAAAAAAGCUCUAGAUGCUGGCUAUCAAGCGGGGUAUGCCAAUAGAAGUGCACCCAAUCAAUCACUUGAAAAAGAUCUUAGAGCUCCUUACCAUCAUGAGCACUCGGAUAAUCAGCUUGAAGAUGAUGAAUCAUCUGGGAAUGGAUCAGGAACUGUUGUUAUACGCUCUCCCAAAGGAAUAUCAAGGCCAUCUGUGUUUCGUGACCAUAGCUCCCAGGAUGAAUUGUCUGAGAAUGGAUCAGGAACUGUUGUUAUUCGAUCUCCGAAAGGAUCAAAGCCAUCUGUGUUUCGUGAUCAGAGCUCCCAGUCCAGCAGCAGCUAUGCUUCUUUUGAAGAUACUUCCACUAGUGGAACCGUUGUUGUACGUAGCCAGCAUGAUGAUUCUGAUUCUCCACGGACUCCAAGGUCCCGACUAGGACUUCAUGACAGAAGUUCAAAUGCAUCACUUGAAGAUAGUGCUGCAAACCUAGCCGAGGCAAGGGCUGCUAUCCAAGGAGGGUUAAGAAAAGCGAAUGCUCGGGAGAAACAUUCCCGAGGGAAAAUCAAUACCGAUGUACAGGAAAGCAAAAGAGACCAAAUGACUAGCAGCACUGAUUCUUCCAGAUCAUAUCGAGAAUACAUUGAUGCACAAAGGGGCAACGUAAGAUCGCAUCAUGCCAGUGAUGAUGAAGAGAGUGCUAGAACGAAAUCAUCGUCAGCGUCAUUAUCAAGUUUGCUUAUUCCUUCAUUAAAAGAGGCCGUUGCUGAUGAUCCAGAAGGGCAAAUUGUGCGGGCAGUUAUCAAUUCUUUAGUAAACAUGGAAGGAGCAAAGCCUAGAUCCUCUGAUGUUCUUGUAAAACAAUUGCUUCAGAGACUAGCAAGUUCCAAGGAAGAUUCAUUGAAGGACCUGAAAGAACUGGCAAGCCAACUAUUCAGCAAAGGCAAGUCAACGGAAGAAACGCUAAAUGCAGAAGCUGAGAACCGAAGGAAACAGCAUAACAAGGAACCUCAUCCAAAUAGCAACUUAAGCCCUCUUGCAAGAUUUCUUCUAUCAAGAUGGCAAGGCCAAACCUCACGGGAUCUAAACCAAUCUUGA